AUGUCCAAUACCAGGUCGACGUCUAAGUCCAAGAAGAAGACUACUUCAGUUACUUCGUCUACUGCCACGUCAGGUCCUAAGAAGUUCAAAGGUUAUCGCAGCUUUGGAAACAUCAAGUGCUAUUUAUCGUUUGCUUUGCUUCUCUACUCAAUUCUUCACAUUGUCUUUAACUGUCCUUUAAGUCAACCUUAUGUUAAAGAAGGAAAUCGGGAUCUCAUAUGUCAGACUUCUCACCAUGCUUAUGGUUAUGUCUCCUGCUAUGUCGAUCCUGUGAUUGACAAGGUCAGCACUCGGUAUGACAAUUCUAGGAUCAAGCCUUUUGUUGACUCAACUUCGGAAUCAACUCUACAUUUGUACCAGCUCUAUUGCAAGCCUAUUGUUGACAAGUAUGGACCUGUCGUUAAGAGUAAAGCGGAUGCCACCACCCUCUUUGUGAAAGAGAAAGGUGUAGUGAUCACCCAUAGAACUUUUCAGAUUACCAAGCACAUCGGCACUGAAUGUUAUGAAAAGUCUAAACAAGCAUCUUUGACUGUCUGUAAAUAUAUUCGAACAGUGGCCUUUCCAGCAACAGUGUCGGCCAUUAAAUGGACUGAAGAUAAGUUUCGCUACAUCAUUCAGAAAAUGGCUGUUUGGUUUUACGUCAAUUUUAACGUUUAUGUCCAUCCAAAGCUAGAAUAUUUGUACUCGAAGUUUGAGUCGUCUACAGCAGGUCAGUAUUGGCUUCAGUUUCAGCAAUCUCGGUUCUGCAAAACGGUGGCCUAUUUCAUUAAUACAGUGUUGUCUGCCAUCUCUGAGGCCUACAUUUCGGCUAGAGAAGUCAUCUGUGAAUUCAAAAAAAAGGAGUUGAUGUAUAAGCUGUCCAUACACUACAAGAAAGUUGAACAGAAGAAAGAUUUCUUGAAAUCUGAGUUAGGUAAAUUCUUCUCUCCUGGUUUCAAAAUUCCGCAAUACAAGGAUUUACAGAUCUUUAAGAAUAUGAGUAGAAGGAUGAAGGGAAUUGCAGAGACUAGCGAUGUCGCCGAUACAGAUCAUUCUACUACUUCAGUCGUCUCUACUACUGCUGUUCCAGAGGAUGAAAAGGUUUCAAUUCUUUCAUCAUCGAUGUUCAUUGUUGAUACCAUGCAAAUCGCUCAGGAGGUUAUAUCAGAGCAGAUUGCGACCUCGGUCUCUUCUUCGCUUUUCUCCUCCUCUGUUGAGCAGGCUGCCUCUGCAGCCGCAUCGGCUUCAAAGGUGCCUGAUGAUAUUAUUACAUCAAAGAAGUACGAGAAGCUUGUCGACACCGUGAUCAAUGGUGCUGUGGAUGACUUUGCGGAGCAAGUUGCUGCUUUGUCUGUAGUGACUGCCGAAAAACUCAAGGAGGCUAUCAAGCCUUCGUUGGCAUUGUUGAGUAACAAGGUUACCGGUGGCUAUUCUGAUAUUCAUACGAUGUUAGCCGGCAUAAACGGAAAGAAGAAAGAAGAAGAGGGAUAUGUUUCCCGGCAAGACUACAGAGAUGUUCUUGCUAAAUGUGCCUCUAAUAUGAAUUCGCUAGCAGACAAUGUUUUUUUCACAUUGAAGGAGGAAGAAUCUGCGUACACGGAUGAAGUCCUUAGGAUUAGAAGCAAUAUAUUAGAGACAUUGGCUGAAUUCAGCGACUCCACUUUGGCCGCAUAUUCGACAGAGAUAGUGAAUGAUGGAGACGAUUGGGAAGAAUGGAAGCGGUACAAUGCUAUUAAAAAGGAGCUGUUGAAGGCAAGGGAUGAGAUUUUGGAGGCAAAACCACCCGGAGAGGUAAAGAUGUUCAAUGACGCAGCUAGAACUGUUAACAUCCUUUUGAAGGAAGGUCAGAGUUACUUGGCUAUUAUGAGAGCCAAGGGUAACUUGGAGUUUCAGAGCCGUGAAAAGGGUGAAAGAGAGGCUGCUGCGGUGGCCCAGGAACAGGAACAGGAACAGGAAGGGGAAGAGGAUGGAGAAGAAGAAGGAGAAGAAGAAGAAGAAAUAAGAAUUGCUUCCACAAUCAUCGUGUAUGAGACUAUGAAGGAUACUGGAAAUUCGAGAAUCAAAAAUGACAACUCCAAGAUAGAAGGUACAGAAGCCAGUAAGGCCACACAAGAAACCGUUCGUGGUGGUAAUGAUGAUGAGAAAAUAACGCUCAACAUUUGA